CCCCGCUCCAGAAAAUUUGACUCACAACCUGGAAGUUCUGCCCCUCUUUGCAAGGAACCCCUUGUGCCCAACUUCAUCCAGGAACACGACGCAUCUUGGGCCUUCCUCAACCGCAAUUGUUAUUAGCGCCAACCUCCCUUCACGGUUCAAUCAUAUGCUGAUCAAAGAACGAUGGCGAGCAAGGGGUCACUGAAGACACCGAAAGGAACGCGCGACUGGGUAGGGGGAGAUUUGCACUUGCGCGAUCACAUCUUUACAGUCCUUGAGCGUCACGGCGGAGUUCCUCUAGAUACUCCCGUUUUCGAGCUGCGAAGUGUUCUCUCGGAGAAAUAUGGCGAAGAAUCUCGUCUAAUCUACAACCUCGAGGACCAAGGUGGCGAGGCAUGCUCCUUGCGGUACGACCUAACCGUUCCGUUUGCCCGCUGGCUCUCGAUGCGUAGCGAUGUUCAGCAUAUCAAGCGCUACCAGAUCGCCAAGGUAUACCGCCGCGACCAGCCCGCCAUCUCCCGCGGCCGCUUGCGGGAGUUUUACCAGUGCGACUUCGACAUCGCUGGCGUGUUCGACCCCAUGAUCCCCGACGCCGAGAUCCUAUGCAUCAUCGCUGAGGUUUUCGAGGCCUUUCAAAUUGGCGUGACGGUCAAGCUGAACCAUCGAAAGAUCCUCGAUGGCAUGUUCGAGGUGGCCGGCGUCCCGAAGGACAAGAUACGCACCACCAGCUCCGCCGUGGACAAGCUGGACAAAGCGCCGUGGGAUGAGGUCAGGAAGGAAUUGCUGGACAAAGGGCUUUCGGAGGAGGUUGCUGACCGCGUGGGUACCUACGUUCGACGCAGCGGCAGCAUGCGCGAGAUGCUUGACAACCUGCGAUUGGAUUCAGAACUGGGCGCGAACAAGUUCUUGAUGGAGGGUCUUGCAGACAUGGAGCUGUUGGCGUCCUAUCUGGAGGCCAUGAACGUCGUUGACAAAGUCUCCUUCGAUCUGUCGCUCGCAAGAGGUCUGGAUUACUACACCGGCCUGAUUUACGAGGUAGUCGUCCUCCCAGACCCGGCCAACCCAGCAACUCUGCAAGUCGGCAGUAUUGCUGCUGGGGGUCGAUAUGAUGAGCUCGUCGGAAUGUACGGGCGAAGACCUUUACCGUGCGUGGGGAUUUCCUUCGGGGUGGAUCGAAUCUUUACCCUCCUCGACGCCCGGCGCAAGAAGAAGAGCGGCUCCGACCUGACGAACCAGGCUGAAGUGUACAUUAUGGCGUUCGGCGGAAAGGAGUUCGACGGGCUCCUGCUCGAGCGCAUGCGUGUAGCUCGCCAGCUGUGGGCGGCGGGAAUACGGGCUGAGUUCGCUGCGAAGGUCAAGCCGAAGCCGCUGCAGCAGUUCAAUGCCUCCGAGGGGGUGCCUGUUGCCGUCAUGCUGGGCCAGGAAGAGUUGGAUGCCGGCCAGGUCCGGGUGAAGCAGCUUCAUGGUGGAGAUAAGAACGCAGCAUCGAAGGAUAAAGGACAACUCGUUCCGCGGGAGAAUCUCGUGGAAGAAGUAAGGAAGUUGUUGGCAUCUAUCCAGCUAGAACAAGAGUAAACUGCGGAGGGUCUGCGUCUCAGCAGCAAGACCACUCAGAACUUGAUUCUGCCCCUUGUGCUUCGUGUUGCUUUCCCUUUCAUAUUACUCGUGUCAAGCGCCAAGAAUAGCCAGUUACCAAGGGGGUCUGUCAGUCGUCCGAAAGCGCAGAUCAACUUCCAUCAUGCUUCUCUGCGCUUGUGCAGAGUUCGCUGAUAUUUCAGGUACUUACC